AUGUGGGCUGAAGAGCAUAUGCGAGGAGCGCAGGCCUUCGCCUCGCCCGCGGCUUCUGGGGUGUACGAAGACCCUCGGUUUCGCCUCUUCGUGAACAAGUUGAGCAGCUCGUCCUCUCUCGGCGACGCGUGCAUGUGCAGUGCGCCGAAGAGGAAGGAAGGCUUGUGUCCUAUAUGUGCGGCAGACGGCGCGUGGACGCAGGCCUCCCUCGCAGCUGACCCGGAGGGCGACGAACUCGAAGAGCUGGCGCGGUCGUUCCGGUGGCUGCAACUCACAGACGGCUCGCCAUCUCUCGUGAAAAAGCGCAACGCCGACCAACCCGAUGCGGUCGAUGAAGGCGACACAGAGGAGAGUGGAAGGGACAGCGAAGAGCGCGCAGUGAAAAGAAGCGAUGCAGAAGACGCGUUCGACGUGCUUGUGAGCUGCUGCAUGCAUUCGGACGCCACGCGGAAACGACCUGCGCUGAGAGUCGUGAGGAGAGGAGAGGGAAGUGGAGUCUGCUGCAGCAGAAGGCUCGAGGGCGACGAAACCGGAAUGCCAGCGAAGGCGAAGGAGGCAAACACAGAGGAAAGGGAGACCCGGACAAGCGGACCCUUACAGAGAAGUAGCUCAAUUCUCCAGACGCUGGCGUCACCCGAAAACAAACAGCGCAACACAUGGUCGGCGACAGCGUGGUUUCCGACAACUGUACCCUGA